GUGACGUCCCAGCGGAUGCAGGGGGUGUUGCUGCUGGUCUUUGCUAAGUACUACCACCUCCCCUUCCUCCGAGGGGUGCAGACAGAGACCACCCGCACCGGCCUGGGGGGCUACUGGGUGAGAAACCUGCCAGCUGAGACUACAUCCUACAGAGAACCACACAAAACUGUCCACACUGACUAGUGAUGGGGGGAAAAAAUAGCUAGUUACAUAUCGCAAUAUCAUUUUGGGAUGAUAUUAUAUCGAUAUUUGACCAAUUUUAUCAUGUUCUCUCUUGUCUCUCUGCAGCAGACAUAUAGUGAGCAAUAUGUUUUGAACAUCAAAUUGCAAUAAAAUCACAGUAUCGAAUCGCAAUACAUAUAGAAUCAUGAGAAUCGCAAUACAGUUGAAGUCGGAAGUUUACAUACACCUUAGCCAAAUACAUUUAAACUCAGUUUUUCAUAAUUCCUGACAUUUAAUCCUAGUAAAAAUGCCCUGUUUUAGGUCAGUUAGGAUUACUACUUUAUUUUAAGAAUGUGAAAUGUCAGAAUAAUAGUAGAGAGAAUUAUUUAUUUCAGCUUUUAUUUAUUUCAUCACAUUCCCAGUGGGUCAGAAGUUUACAUACACUCAAUUAGUAUUUGGUAGCAUUGCCUUUAAAUUGUUUAACUUGGGUCAAAGGUUUCGGGUAGCCUUCCACAAGCUUCCCACAAUAAGUUGGGUGAAUUUUGGCCCAUUCUUCCUGACAGAGCUGGUGUAACUGAGUCAGGUUUGUAGGCCUCCUUGCUCGCACACGCUUUUUCAGUUCUGCCCACAAACUUUCCUUAGGAUUGAGGUCAGGGCUUUGUGAUGGCCACUCCAAUAACUUGACUUUGUUGUCCUUAAGCCAUUUUGCCACAACUUUGGAAGUAUGCUUGGGGUCAUUGUCCAUUUGGAACGCCUAUUUGCGACCAAGCUUUAACUUCCUGACUGAUGUCUUGAGAUGUUGCUUCAAUAUAUCCACAUAAUUUUCCUUCCUCAUGAUGCCAUCUAUUUUGUGAAGUGCAUCAGUCCCUCCUGCAGCAAAGCACCCCCACAGCAUGAUGCUGCCACCCUCGUGCUUCACGGUUGGGAUGGUGUUCUUCGGCUUGCAAGCGUUCCCCUUUAUCCUCCAAACAUAAUGAUGGUCAUUAGGCCAAACAGUUCUAUUUUUGUUUAAUCAGACCGGAGGACAUUUCUCCAAAAAGUACGAUCUUUGUUCCCAUGUGCAGUUGCAAACCAUAGUCUGACUUUUUUAUGGCAGUUUUGGAGCAGUGGCUUCUUCCUUGCUGAGCGGCCUUUCAGGUUAUGUCGAUAUAGGACUCAUUUUACUGUGGAUAUAGAUACUUUUGUACCUGUUUCCUCCAGUAUCUUCACAAGGUCCUUUGCUGUUGUUCUGGGAUUGAUUUGCACUUUUCGCACCAAAGUAUGUUCAUCUCUAGGAGACAGAACGCUUCUCCUUCCUGAGCGGUAUGAUGGCUGCGUGGUCCCAUGGUGUUUAUACUUCCGUACUAUUGUUUGUACAGAUGAACGUGGUACCUUCAGGCGUUUGGAAAUUGCUCCCAAGGUUGAAUCAGACUUGUGGAGGUCUACAAUUUGUUUUCUGAGGUCUUGGCUGAUUUCUUUUGAUUUUCCCAUGAUGUCAAGCAAAGAGGCACUGAGUUUGAAAGUAGGGCUUGAAAUACAUCCACAGGUACACCCCCAAUUGACUCAAAUGAUGUCAAUUAGCCUAUCAGAAGCUUCUAAAGCCAUGACAUCAUUUUCUGGAAUUUUCCAAGCUGUUUAAAGGCACAGUCAACUUAGUGUAUGUAAACUUCUGACCCACUGGAAUUGUGAUACAGGGAAUUAUAAGUGAAAUAAUCUGUCUGUAAACAAUUGUUUUAAAAAUUACUUGUGUCAUGCACAAAGUAGAUGUCCUAACCGACUUGCCAAAACUAUAGGUGACAAGCAAUUUGUUAACAAGAAAUUUGUGGAGUGGUUGAAAAACGAGUUUUAAUGACUCCAACCUAAGUGUAUGUAAACUUCCGACUUCAACUGUAUGCACGCACCACCUUUCCGUUAUUUAUUUGUACAAUUUUUUGAAACAAGUUAUUUCUUUAAUUUCACUUCACCAAUUUGGAUUAUUUUGUGUAUAUCCAUUACAUGAAAUCCAAAUGAAAAUCCAUUUACAUUACAUGUUGUAAUGCAACAAAAUAGGAAUAAUGCUAAGGGGGGUGAAUACUUUUGCAAGGCACUGUAGGCCGACUCAUAGCCAGAGAGAGCCAGGAAAAAGGCUGACUCAUAGCCACAAAGUAGAUGUCCUAACCGACUUGCCAAAACCAUAGUUUGUUAACAAGAAAUGUGUGGAGUGGUUGAAAAACAAGUUUUAAUGACUCCAACCUAAGUGUGUGUAAACUUCCGACUUCAACUGUACAUAUCGUAUCGGCACCUAAGUAUUGUGAUAAUAUCGUAUCGUGAGGUCCCUGGCAAUUCCCAUCCCUAACACUGACUUAUCCUAAUGACCAACUGACAGAGAACCAGACCGACCACAUUAAUGAAGACAGCCCCAACACUCUAGGCUAAGAUAUAGAAGUGGGAAUGUCAGCACUAUUGAACUGAAGUGCACAAUCAGAACUGACCCACCCUUAGAGCUAGAAUCUUUAAUUACAUUUUACAUUUACAUUUUAGUAAUUUAGCAGAUGCUUUUAUCCAGAGCGACUUACAGUAAUGAGUGCAUUAAUUUUUUGUACAAAAUGUUUUUAUUGAAACAAUAAAAAGGAGGCACCCCACCUCUUUGGUAAAAAGCUGAGGGAUAAGUCUGGAGAAAUUUUACCACUCUCAAAUUCAUAGACAGAGCUAUGGAUGCAAUGGCUGACCAUCCAUAAUAUUACAAUUUAUAGUUUUAACCAUAUUUUGAUAUUUUUUGCAGCACUUGUUUACAUUUACAGUACAUUGUUUACAAACAUUGGAGUAAAACAAGCAUAUAUUUUGGGUUCUGAUGGGGUACGACAGUUGAACUAAGCUCAUGAGGCAUUUAUGUUAUAUUCUUCAAGACUCAAUUGGUAUAUAUCAUUCAUUUAUAUGUCAAAAAAUGGAUCUAGCAACUUCUAGCUUUAAAAAGCCUUCCCACAACAAGUCAGUCUAAGGACAGCCAGACAGUGCUAAGGAUGAAAAACGACCUCCCCUCCAGGGUUGCUUCUGUUGGCCUCUCUGUUUCCCUUACUUCUCAUUAUUUAGCAGGAAGGGUUAUGUUUGGGCAGGCUGUACCCAAAGCUUGUCUGGAAGUAUGUGCUGCCUCCAUACCUCUGAAGGUGGAGAGAAUGUCUUUAUGGUUCACAGCAUUAAAGGUAGACUCAGCGAUAUGACAUAGAUGCAGAAAGUAAACCGCAUAUUGGGUCUAUUUCCACAACAACUAAGAGCGUUGAUGCGCGAGGCUCAUCUUCUCUGCUGUUUUGGUGACCUGGCUUCCACGCCGUGAACAACGUGAAGCGAACCCGUGCACAUGUUUGGAAGCGAAGUCAGUGUGACUGUGAAAGCGAAGUCUUGCAUCUCACUCAUCUCAAUAUCUAUGGUGCUGCUUGUGGCGUCAUUUCGCUGAGUCUACCUUUAAAGGCAUACUUCAGGAUUUUGGCAAUGAAACCCUUUAUUUACUUCCCCAGAGUCAGAUGAACUCAUAGAUGCCAUUUGCCAUUUCUCUGCAUCCAGUAUGAAGGAAGUUAGAGGUAGUUUCGUGAGCCAAUGCUAACUAGCAUGCUAGCUGUUACGAUACACUUCCUCAUUGCGCUAGUUACCAUAGGCUUCCAGUCAUUGCGCUAAUGCUAGUAAGCAAUUGCGCUAAUGCUAGUUAGCAACUUCCUUCAAACUGCAGACAGAGACAUAAAAAUGGUAUCCACAAGUUCAUCUGACUCUGGGGAAGUAGAUAAAGGGCUUCUUUGCCACAAUCCCAAAGUAUCCCUUUAAACACUCCCCAGAUAAUUUCUUUAGAUAUGUAAAUGACUCCUUUUUUAUAUAUAUGCUCUUUUAUCUGAACUUAAAAUAAUCAAUUUCCUAUGAUGUACCCUUUAAGGGUAAUGAAAGCCCAUGCAGUUGAUCAAAGUGUGCAGAGGGUGUCAGUCUGCCUGUUUUCCUGAGGGAUGCAUAAAGGUCCAUGUAGUAAUUCACUGUGAAGUCUUUCUAUUGCCUCUCUGUAUGACCUCAGAUAAGCAUCAGCACAUUCUGCAGUUCUCCCUCUGCUUUGUCAUCUCUUGUAUUUUAGUAGGUCAGAGCUGUAGAGGGAGAGCAGCAGGAGGAACCACACGGCUCCAUCCUGCCUUCACUCACAUAGAGCACGUUAAAUAUUGAUAAUGUUCUUCACUGGUCAUUCAUGUAUCCGCAAACUUCCUGCCCUCAGAUAGGUUUCCGCACUGGGGGCGUGUCUCAUAGGCUAGGCUACUAUUCGUACCAUUUGUUCUCUCAGUUUGCAAAUUGAAUGUUUUAUCCCAUCAUACUAAUCCUGCCAUUCUUCUGCUCCUGUCCCCAAUCUUCAACCUUAUUCUGUUCCUCUAUUUUUCUCUCACUACCCCUUCCUUUAUUCUCUCACUCCCUCUCCUUUCUCCGUUCCUGUUCUAGGGUAAUAAAGGGGGUGUGAGUGCGCGCAUGUCUGUGUUUGGUCACACCAUCUGUUUCUUGAACUGCCACCUGCCGGCCCACAUGGAGAACUCGGAGCAGCGCAUGGAAGACUUUGAAAGCAUCCUGCAGCAGCAGCAGUUUGAAGGCCAGGCUGCCACAGGGGUGCUCGACCACGAGUUAGUCACUAUAUAUAUGAACGCACACACUCACUUAAGUUUGCACCCAGGCACUUGCACAAAUAAACAACAGUGUAGCUGCUGAUCUGACUUUUUUCGGACCUUUUUUAAAUUUUCAUUUUGGACCUGCUAAAGGUCCCGAAACUUCUGGUCAUGUGUGAGAUUCUCUAUGUAGAUGUUUUAUGUAGCUGCUGCUCACUCUGUGACGAGGUGUGAAAGGAGGAGUCAGGCGCAGGAGGUAAAAUACCGAAGUCCAGAGUUUCAACCGUUUGCAUAAAUCAAACGCUCCAAGCGUCAAACGAAACUGUACAAGGGAAAACAUCCACCUUGGCAAUAACACAGUGAAAUGUAGCUACACGCUCUCACAACAAACAAUCACUCACAAAGACAAGGGGAACAGAGGGAACACUUAUACACAUACUAAUUAGGGGAAUGAGCACCAGGUGUGUGUGAUUGACAAGACAUGACAAGUGGAGUGAUGAGAAUGGGAUCGGCAGUAACUAGUACUCCGGUGACGACGAACACCGAAGCCUGCCCGAACCAGCAGUGGGGGCAGCCUUGGCAGAAGUCGUGACACACUCUGCUACCGCUUCCCCCUCCUUCCUCCCUGCGGCGAUGAUCGGACGUCUUUGUCUUGUGUAGCCUAGUCUACAAACUCUGGCGUGUUGUACAAUAAACAUUACUGACAUGUUGUACAAUAGACAUUACCAACGUGUUGUACAAUAGACAUUACCAACGUGUUGUACAAUAGACAUUACCAACGUGUUGUACAAUAGACAUUACCAACGUGUUGUACAAUAGACAUUACCGACGUGUUGUACAACAAACUACUGUCUGUUGUAACAGUAGGCUAUUGCUAACAUAAGCACAACACAAACAGGCAGUCUAAAUAGCGAUUGCAUUUUAUUUUUUCAUCGACAUUGCAAUCAUAAGAAAGCAUACGGUCCACCCUCCCUUGUAUCCAAUAAAGAUAUAGAGGGUGUAGUUACGGUUACACUAAAAGGAGUAUCUCAUUUAGCCAUCAAUAUACCUAACCAAAAGCAAAUAUUUUGUGUGAUUUAGAGAACAUACCUUAUUGUUAAAGGCAUCUUUACAGUUCCGCUCUCAGUCCACUAUUCUCCUCCUCCACAGUGUGGUGUUCUGGUUUGGAGAUCUGAAUUUCCGCAUUGAUGAACUGGAAAUUCCGGCAGUGAAAGCAGCCAUUGAUAACAACAAACUCACCAUGCUGUGGGAGAAAGACCAGGUGAGAUGCAUGUUCAAGAUGAAGGCCCACUAUGAAGUCUUAAACAGAGAGUGUAAUGUGUAGAGGAUGCCACUAGAAGGCAUUCAGAGACCAAAAUAAAAGAGACACUUCAUUUAAACCUUAUUCACUGUUAUCCCCCAUUCUACAGCUGAACAUGGCCAAAGACAGCGAGUCGGUGCUGGGGGGAUUUCUGGAGGGGCCUCUCAAAUUCCCCCCCACUUACAAGUUUGACGUGGGGACAGAUACAUACGAUACAAGGUUUGUGGUGACAUGGGGGUCCACCUUUCACCUCUUUGACGUAAAGAUCAAAUGAGAUGAGUGUUCUGAUCAUCACAGUUCUUAACCCACCUGCUCUCUCUUUCUAUCUCUCUCAGUGGGAAGAAGCGUAAGCCUGCGUGGACAGACAGGAUCCUGUGGCGUCUCAGGGCCACAGCUCCCUCUGGGCCGGCCCCUAAUGCUGGUAAGAGAGGCUCUAUUUUAGGGCUGAGCAGCGGAAUCAAGGUCACCCAGCACUUCUACCGCAGUCACAUGGAGUACAUGGUCAGCGACCACAAGCCUGUCUCCUCCAUAUUCACCCUCCAGGUGAGACACAGCCCCUCUCUCUCUCUCUCUCUCCCCCCCAUGUCCCACUUGUCAACUGAGUUGUGACAUGCACAUAACUUUACCCAAAACGCCCCUGUAACCUGUAAUAAACAGAUUUCUACAGACUGUAUGUUGAUGCUGUAUUAUAUUGGAGAGAGAUGUUGAUGUUUUGUUCUAUUGAUUAUCUACCGUGAUGAUAUUGACCUCCAGAAUGCUGUGUGUAGUUCCCCUAUAAGGUGGACAACGCCCUGGUGACGAUCAUGGUGGAGGAUGAGUGGAACAGCAUUGCAGAUGCCACGUGCACAUUCAAGGCUGCGCCUAAUUUCGCUCGUAGCUCCUGGGACUGGAUUGGGCUGUACAAGGUUCUCACUCUCAACCUUCUAGUGUGGAUUUCAAUUAUUAACAAAGCUUGAAGUAACCCAGAUAAUGUGUCAUGAUAAAGUAAUAAUUAGCUAAGACAUUAAGAGUUUUUGUAAAAUCAGGAAUUGGUGUUGCCUUUGCCUCCCCAGGUGGGAUUCAAACACCAUAAGGACUAUGUAGGCUAUGUGUGGGCCAAGCAGGAGGAGGCUGAUUACCAUAGAGUAGAACACGAGGUAAGGGCGACUUUUAAUAACACACAUAAAUGAACUGUAGAACCCUGUCAUGGUACUGUAUCUUUAUGUGUUUUGACUCUUCUCUCCCUCUUUUUCUGUCUUUACCUCUGCAGGUGACCUUUACUGUGGAAGAGUUGCCCAAGGGCUCAGGAGACUUCAUCUUGUGUUACUAUAGCAACAACAUGAGCACCCUCGUGGGUGUGACAGAGCCUUUUCAGGUACUUACAAUGAUGCUGUCUGGUUUUUAUGGUAAAUAUAUAAAACAUUGAAGUAUAAUGGGAUUGGUCAUUUAACUCUACAUUGGUUAUUCCACACCCAUCCCCACUCCUUCAUUUUGAUCUUCACCCUUUCCUGUGCUACUUCCCUAUGCUCUUCUUUUCCUUGAUCCUUCUCUCUUCCUUCUCUAUCUCUUCCUCCUCUCCUUCAUCUCUCCUCUACAGAUCCAGCUGCCCACAUCCAGCCCCGCCGGUAGCCCCUCUGACGACAGCUCUGAUUUCACCUCUGAGGAUGACAGCACCGUGGUUGGUAUGAAGACCAUGUCCCGCAGUCCCAGCCCCCGGAAAAAGAAGCACAGAGCCCGACGCAGCCAUAGCCGCAGUCCCAGCCACAGCCGUAGCCGCAGUGGCAGCCCUGCGCUGCCCGAAAUGAAGGGCCUCAAGCUGCAGCUUGGCUCGGCCCACAACACCACAGAUGGGGUGAAGGAGAAGGCCUCAGCUGAGGCUGGGGAUAGAGGGUUGUGA